AGUUUCUGUUUCCUAGCUAGUGAGCUCUCUGGGGAGGCAGUCUGCUCUAAACAUCUGCAGUCAUCGGAAGGGGCUACAAAAGUAACAUUUUCAACUUCAAACUGUGGAAAAAGCUGCAGAGCCUCUGGGAUAAACUAUGGAGAAAAUUCAGUACCUGAACACUCUAUCUGAGCUGCAGUCCUCUGGGUACGGUCAGCCAUAUCCUAGACAUGGACUCAACCUCUUGUACUGGUUUGCUACACAAUGUGUGCGAGUCUACAACAACCAAAUGAUUGCACUCUGCAGCCCAUAUAACGGAGACUUUGGCUUUCGACCGUUCCAGAACAAAGACAGGCUUCUUUAUGCCACGAACAUGCCCUACUAUGAGUUAGGCAACUUAAACGACCACAAUGCAAGCUCACUGCCUGAAUACAUCAGGAAAGGAUAUACUGGUGACCUAGACGACAGCAACACAGACCGCAUUAUCGUCUGCCUUAAUUCAAAUUUGUUCGACAGCAUCUACGUGACCUGCCACAAGAGACAGUGGACUUUUGACCGAAACCAAACUUACCGCAUUAGUCCACAACUCAUAAGAACCAUCAGGAGGAUGGAUCGAAAAGAUUUCCUCAGACAAGCUACACAGCCACACCAUCUAUACUUCAGGCCUCAGAGUGCUACAACAUCCAAACAACAUUCAAGAAGCAUUGUGGAAUGCUGUAGUACAUUCUGCCAACUCUUGUUAAAACUAAUUCUUUUCGUGGUUUUGACAAUCAUUCUACUAAUUCUAAUAUCACAUAAGCAGUAACGCUCAACUACAGACCACUGAUGUGUUGUGCCAAUUUGUAGUCAAAGGCAUGUUCAAAUAACAAUGCUGAAGCCAUUUUUUAUCUAUGGAAAAAUGGAUUCAAAAGUUCUUUUUUGAUGUCAUUAAGUUAGCUAGUAAAGCUACUGCCAUAACUAUACAAUACUGUAGAACAAUACCAGCAUAAGUAUCACACGUGACAAAGCUGGGUAUUUUGAUUAGGUUGCCAGUUUUAUGAUGUCUGUUCAAUGUGCUUGAAAGUUAGCUUGUGUGUAGCAUACAUGUUGAUUAACUAUAAAGCGCUACUGGAGUGAUUUUUCCAAAAAAAUCCAUGAUGGAAAAAUGGCUUUGGCCAGAUGUUGAAGUAACAACAUAUCAUUAGAAGUCUGUUUCCAUUAUGCUGAACUAUAAUUUAACCUAAUCCUUAUAUUGCAUUAAGUGUGUAUGAACAUUGUAAUUGAGUGUAUUAAUUAAGGCAAAGCACUGCAGACAGAAAUUAUGAUUUUGGUCCCAUCAUAUGUUUUUUUUAAUUGUUUUAAAUUGGCAGAUGUGAUAUAAGUGCACAUUAUCACAUCUUAAAAAAGGGUAUUUUAUACAUAGUUUUACCUUGUAGACAUUACAGCACUUUUUGCACAUGACCCCUCCCCCCAACCUUUCAAGGCACCGUCAUGUUUGAGACAUAGGGCUUCACAGGUGCUUAAUUGAUUCAUUGUGCAGGUAUAAGAGAGCUUCCAUCAUUCGGUCUUGUUUAUCGGCUUUUGGUUGCCACUGGAGUCUGCUUUUAUCAACUUGAGGACGGAAGCUGUGCCAAUGGAAGUCAAGAAAACGUUUAUAAAGCUGAGAAACUAGACGAAAACAGGAAGAGACAUCAGCCAAAACCAAAGACUUACCAAAAUCAACUGUUUGAACAUUAUUGAGAAGAACUGGUGAGCUUAGUAAACAUAAAAGACAUAACAACAAACUACUUCCACAGCUGAUGAGAGAAGAGUUCUCACUAUAAAUGAAGGAAAAUCCCUGUGCUUCUGUCUGACAGAUCAGAAACACUGACUACUGUACACAAGAGACUUUAUGUACUUCAUGAACAGAGACACAGAGGCUUCAGUGCAAGAUGCAAACUACUAGUAAGCCACAAAAACAGGAUGCAGUUUCAAACAGUUUCAAAGCACUGGCAAGAGCAAAGUAUGGAGGCCAAAAAAAAGUGCUGUAAUUUCUACAUAGUAAACUAAUAUGUCGCUGCUGUCGGGAGAAACUUUUGUCAUUUUUCUGUUUUUGACAUGUUUUGAAAAUACAUGUUGCCCUUGUGUGUAAAUGUUAUGAAGAAUGGACCAAAAGAAAUGGCCCCAAAAAAAUUGGAAAAAAGGUUGGUCUGGUUCCAUUGACUAAAGUAUGUUUUUCCCUUCUCCAUAAUCUCCAUGCAUUUUGGAGAUAUGAGAUUCUGUUCCGACAACAAUUAUAUAUAUGCUCACAGCUGAAUUUAUGCUAUAUUUACUGCUAUGAAAAGACCUGAAAAAUAUAUUUUUUAAUAAUAACGGUGCAUGUUUUCUUAAUUAAACAAUAAAAAAAAGAGAUUUCAAUUAUCUGUUCUGUGAAGUUUCUCUUUGGUCUUCACAAUGAAAUAAAUGUUUUAAUUCUA